AUGGGGACGGGCGUGUGCGACUGUGCGAGUACGACUGCGAGGCGAGACAGUGACUGUGCGCGCGAGGUGUGUGAAGUGCCGGGCUGCUCCGCGCCGUCGGGUUUUGUUGACCCGGGCCGGAGAACCCUCUCGCGGCUCCUGUGGGCCACACCAUCUGGUGCCUGCGCCCAACUCGUGAGCCGUGGCGCGUUACUGCCUGCUGCGGCGCUGCCUGCCGCCUGCGCGGUGGAGGGUGGACUCUGGUGGUACCAGCCAAACGAGGCAGCCGAUGAGUGGGAGUGA